UGUUUACAAAAAUGCGCUUCUGACGUGUUUUUAUUAAAAUAAAAAUUAUUCACAAAAUCUGUGAUAAAUCCGAAUGAUAGUUACUCUUAAAGCAUUUAGAAAUUUACGAGACCACCAGGCGUUUGGAGCAUUCUGUAGAAUUGAGAGAAUGUCAUCCAAAACGAAGAAAUCACAGAAAGGAAGUUCCGGGAAGUCUGACCAGCAAUCCCAAAAAGCCCCUCAGGAAGUCUCUCCAGUAUCGACAGACAAGAAUGGAUGCAUAUACAUCCGGGUGAAUGCAAAACCCGGCGCCAAGCACAGUCAAAUAACAGAUGUCAGUGAAGACGGCGUUGGGAUUCAGAUCUGUGCUCCUCCAGUCGAAGGACAAGCCAACACGGAGCUGGUAAAAUUCCUCGCAGACACUCUUGGGCUUAGGAAAAGUGAUGUAUCUCUCGACAGAGGUUCAAAAUCCCGCCAGAAGAUAAUACUCCUGGAGAAAGGUUGCACAACGAUUGAGAAUGUCCUGGGGAUUUUACAGAAGGAAGCUGGAUCUUCAUAGGGCUUGGAAUAAAUAGAUUUUAUA